GCUAGAUACUUCAACAGACUGCUUACAGAUAACAUGAGGAUGCCAUCUACUGGGGAAGUUUGACAAGUGGAGAUCACCCCUCAUAACUGGUGCCCAUUCAGCAUACAACCAAGGGCAGACUUAAUGUCAGUUGACGUGCACACUCGGAUCUAAAUAUGGGUAUCAGGGGCUUGACUUCACUUGUAAACACAUAUUCUAGAGUACUUUACAAAGACUUCUGCCUCCAGGAUACCAAGAUUGUUAUAGAUGGUUUUGGACUUGUAUAUUAUUUGCUUGACGCUGAGCUUCAAAGUGAGAUCCGAGACUUCUUCCAAUGUCUCCUUAAGUGCAACUGUACCCCCUAUGUGGUCUUUGAUGGAUGCUUUGACCUUGAUGGUAAAAAGCACGACACCAUGGUAAACCGUCUUCGGGACUCAAUCUCAUCAAUCAAAGAUGCGUUCGAUGGAGAAGACAUUGUGUUUUUGUCUCCACUAGAUAUAUACAUAGUGAAGCAGGUUCUUACCGAGAUGAACAUUGGAUUUGCCAUCAGUGAGUUUGAAGGAGACAAAGAGAUAGCCAUGCUGGCCAAUCAUUGGCAGUGUCCAGUGGUAGGAGAAGAUAGUGACUUUAUGGUAAUGGAUAUUGUUGGCGGCUACCUUCCUUUGUCAUUGCUGAAGUGGCCAGUUGUUCAGAAGUCAAAAGGAAAAUUCUAUAUUCGAAGUCGCAUCUAUCAAGUCAACAAUUUCUGUAAUUUCUUCCGUGUCAAAAAAGAGUCGCUGCCUCUCUUCGCCACACUGGCUGGCAAUGACUAUAUUAAUCCUGACUCACUGGAUCCAUUUCUUUCAAGCGAGGUGUACGGAAAGUAUGACAGCACCGGCAGUAAGCGGCAAAAGAAGUUGAAGGAUCUCCUUUGCUGGCUCAGUGAACACAGGUCAUUUACCAAUAUUUUGAAAGAUGUGCUGAAGUGUUUUCCAAAUGAGGACCUGGAGCCCUGUUUACAAGCUUCAAUUGGAAUGUAUCAGACGAGGGACGAUUCCUCUAACCUUGUGUCUUACCUUGGUAAACAAAGACAUCCAAGAGAUUUCCAAGCAAAGUCUCAACUGUGUACUGCAGUCGGGAUACCUGUGUGGGUGGCUGCUGCUCAUCAGGAAGGGUCUAUCGACAGCUUGCUAAUCAAUAUCAGGAGCAUGGGAUACUGUUUUUCAGCUGUCCAAUUGGAAGAUCUAAGACGGCCUAGUGUCUGGCUUCCAUCAGAGGCUUUAUUUUCAGUGAUGUCUGGGAUUGCCCUUGCUGAUAGGAGGCAAGGAAAUGAAGGAGCAAGUGAAUGUCAUGUGUAUAUUAGAGAUGGAGGUGGGUUAAAGAGAAAGAAGGUUUCCCCAUUAGACUUGUUAGAGGGGUAUGGGGAGCUUCCCACUUUGGCUGCAAUUCCAUCACUCCAUGAGACAGACAAGCAGAAACUAUUGCUUCAGGCUCUUGCACCAAAUCUUACAUCACACAUGGAACUUCUGACGUUCCCUGCUGCCUUCCAGCUUGCUAUUCUUGUGAUGUUAUACUGGAUGAACUCAGAACACUCCCACUACAAUGAGUUUCAUAUCAAUUCUUUGCUUGUCGGAUGGGUCUAUCUCUACACCCAAAGACAAAACAGAAUGUGCAAAGAUGGAGGACCAUCUGAACUACAAGGGCAAUGUGCAGCUUCUGCUCCAUCAAGGGAUCUGAAGAGUGAAUGCAAGAUUAUGUACACCAACUUCAGCCAUUCUCUAAGACGGCUAAGAAAGAGAAAACCUGAUCCUGUUAUUUCUCAAAGCUUUUCUCAGUGGCAGCAGUGCCUAUACUAUGGCAUCUGCUUCAAUGAACUGCUUCAGAGUCCCUUGCCAGACUGUCGUGAUGCUUCUAUCCUCUUCAAUGGCCUGUUAAUGCACAAUUUGUACAUGACACUUUGGUAUGAUUCAGUACCACCCAAUAGGUACGCAGUGGUCAUGUUCUUCAAAGACACACCAAUAGCAUCUCAGCUCUUUGUUUCAAUGCAUAAGUUCAUCACUUCAAAUGCUAGGAAGGUUGGCCAGAAGAUGUCUGCUAGUGAUGGUCAACAAUCGAAACAGUCCUCCAGGAAGUCCAAGCCCGGUCAAGGUCAGCAGCAGAAGGGAAUACAGCAGCAAGGAGCAACACCAAAGAGCAGCAAUCAAGCCACUGAAGAUAUAGACUCUGACCGAGACUGGGGAUCAAAUAAAAGAUUUGCUUUACUUCACAUUUAAAAGAUUGUGAUAUCUGUCAGUUGUCAUCUAUGUCAUUGUUAUAUAGUUCCAGCAAUAUUCCUUAUAAAAAGAGCCUUGGAGUGUUAUUUUUUUUUGCCUUUCAGUGACUGCGUUCAUAUUCAUGUUAUUUGGAUGUUGGUUAGCCUGAUUCAACAGAGGAAGACAUAUCUAGGGGGUUAAUAUUGAAAUAAAGAGAGGGGACAGAGAAUCUUCAUUUAAAUGAGUCAUUUGCUGAUUGUAGUGCGUUGUUAUGGUAAACCCAAUGAUUUCAUGUAAAGUAUAUGAUGCAUUUUCUGAUUUAUUUCCCCUGCAUCUCUUACCCUCAAUUUUCCUUUCAGUAUCUACUUUCUAUUACCCUUUUUGCAUAUUUUACUAAACAAAUUGUUGUCCUGAAUAUUAAGGAACAAUCUAUAAAUGCAUACUAGUACCUUAUCAAGUACAUUUUCAUUUCAAAUUCAAUUCAAUUCAACAUUUAUUUCCAAAUGUAAAAGCAUUAAUACAUUUCUAAAAGAUACAGUAAAAUGGAGGUAGCAACUCGGAAGCAAAGCUUGUGACGAGUGCACCAAGACAUAUAGACAAUAAAGACAAUAUAAAACUAAAUACUUAUCUCCAUACAGAGUACAGUACAUAACAAGGUAAAACAAAAACAAAACGGCAACUUUAUAUGCAUUAUAUCAAAUGAAAUAGUAAUUGAAUCGUCAAACUAAUCAUCUCACAACUGAAACUAAGCAAAUCACUCAAUUUAGGAACUGGACAUAAGAUUUUUCCUUAGUUUCGUCUUAAAGUAAUUCAAUGAUGGUGCAUUUCUGAUGUGUGUAUAUAAAUUAUUCCACUUUUUCAGGCCUAUAAAACAGAUAUUAUGUUGAUAAGAACAUGUCCUGUGUCUUGGCAAUUGUAUUACUGAAGAGGAGUGUGUAUUGUAUAAGUUCUGAUUUGUAUCAAACUACUGAGAAAAAUGAACAGGCAUAAACCAAUUGAUACACUGAUAAAUAAAAAUAUCAAAUUAGUUGUCAGUCCAAGAGUAUCUUAAGCUUUAUUUUGUAUGAACAACACUUGCACAACUCACGCCACUGAACAUAGAAUUCAUAAUUACAGGUGAUUUAAAGUCAAGUCUCUUGGGACAGGAGAAGCACGUUUUGCAUAUCCUUGUCUCAAAUAAUGCUUUGAGUGUAAUGAUUAUUUGAUUAUUAAAUGGAAGAUUGAAUUAUGCAGAGUCGGCUAUAGUCAUAUACAAUUAUUUUAUCAUUCGACUGUGUUGGUCAUCCUUUUAAUUGUCUUUCUUCUAUUAAUUUAUUAUCUUUCAUUAUUUAUUUUUUUUCUUUGAAAGUCUGGUUACCGUAAAACUUGUCCUUUAUUUUCAUUUUCAUGUCAUUUUCACUUGAAAUAUUUUGCUUUGUUUUAUUUAUGCAUUUAAAAACAAAAUAAUGGAGAAUUAUAAGAGGAGAGAAUAAUAAUGGUGCUUUUUUGUCAGAUAUAUAUAUAUAUAUACACCUGUAUUUGUAAUUUUGAAGAACAUGAGACUCUAGUUGUCAGUUGAUACAAAUAUUGACUGACAGGUUGUGUAGAAUAACAUUCUUUGGACCACCAGAUUUAUAUUUUUUGAGGAAUUAUAUUUUUUCUUAAGCGCUUUCGCUUCGGGAAAAUAUCUACAUAUUACACACCCUUUCAGUCAAUAUUUGUGUGAUAUCAACUGACGACUGAGUGCAAAACUAUUUUUACAAUGCUGCACACUUAUUUUAUUGCAUUUAAAAAUCGAUUGCAAUACCUUACCUUUAAUCUUAUACCCUUUGUAUAUAUGUAUGCUUUUAAUAUUAAUCGAAUGGCUUAAUCUCCAUGUUUGGCCAGCUCUAUGAAAAAAGCAAAAUGAAUUUUGUUCCUUCUUCAUUGCCAAAAAUUUUGACUGGUAUAUUUUCAUCCGAGAUAAACAGGUAUAAAAAUAUAACAAUGCUUGUAAUGAAUAUGAUGUAACCAGCUACUGACGAAUCAGCCGUUAGUAUCUGCUAGCUAUCUAAAAUAGAUUAUCUGACUUACAUACAAGUUUCCAGAGCAUGCACCUUCAGAAGUUAGAAGGUGUUCAAUGCUUUUAUUGUGUCCAUUUACUUUGUCUAUUAUGCUUGUAAAUAACUGUGUUUGCACAUUUUGAAGGUACCUAUUGAUGCACAAACCAUUGUUUGUGAGAAAUAUUAACCUCUGCCAACUUUAUGGAAGUGAUCUUGGUAGCAAAGGAGCAACAUUUUCUCUGAACGAUAUAGAGUAUGGUAUGCAUUUGUAGUUGGGAGGCGCUUCAUGAUUUGCAUAUUUCUGUUUUUAUAUCUCUUUGUUUCUUAUAUGGCUUGUUGGUAAAUUGUUUUGCACCUUUUUAAAAGUCAUUUAGUACAUGUAUAACUCUUAAACAAUUAUUGAUCAGGCAUAUACUGUCAAUUUAUGGAAGAAAUUGUUAUGCAAAAAUAGAAUAUUUUGUAGUUGAAUACUGUAAUUGUGGAGAAAUUUCAUAUAUUACUCCUUUAAUAAAGAAGGUACAUAAAAGCAUUUUAAAUGCACAAAUUUCACUUUUCAAAAGUCACAAGGGUCAUUAGGGAUAUUAUGAUGCCAAAUCUAAAGUAAUUAUGUGUUUGGUGUAUCAUGAAGUGCUAAUCAUCUAUCUCCUGACACAUUCCAUAGAUUUAUAUGGUUCAAUGUGCUCAGUUUGUGAUAUGUUCAUUCUUCCCAAAUUGUGAGGUUGUAAAAUCCUGUAAGUUUAUUUUCAAACAUGCAUUCAGAUAUUUGUCAGCGGAAUAUAUGGAUAUAAUAGGAUGUAGCCACUGGCGGAUCCAGGGGGUACGAAAUAUCCUUUAUUUGGGGGUAAAAACCUUCUUUUUUUUUUUUUGCUUGUCAAAAUUUUCCUCCGAAAAAUUUGCCCCCCCCCCCCUUUUGGAAAAUCCUGGAUCCGCCCCUGGAUGUAACCUUAUCAUAGCUGAGUGAGCACAUUUAAUAAAACAUAUUAUAUUGUUUACCUUUACUAUGGGAAAAUUAUCAAUUUUGCUGCAUAAAUGGAUGCGGACCAAGCCCCCAUGCACACCUGUAAAUGAUUUGAUGGGUCCAUAACAGUAACAAACAAGUUGUUCAAUGAUUGAGGGAAAGCUGCCAAAAUAUUAAAAUAUUUGUGUUAAGAAUGGCAUAGAAUUUUUGAAAAUGGGAGAUAUUUAGAAAAUUUGAAAUUACAUGUUUUAACAGAAAAUAUGCACACAGAAGUAUUGUAAACAAUAUUUUUGGAGAAAAUUAUAUUGAUAUUGUAUAAUUCAGGGUAUAAUUCGUCCAGGUGAUAUUCUUAAAUUUCUUUAUACAACAAAAUGCAUAAUAUAUUGAUAUUAUACAUAAUAUAACAGAAUAUAAUCUUAUAUACAAAAUGUUUGUAUCCUGUAAUCCUGACUAUGAUUGUUUGGAGUAGCAUAGUAGUUUACCUUGUUGCAAUAAAAACAUGCCAUUUGAAACAACUUAAAA